GGCUGCGGCGGGGUCUGCAGGGCCGUGGGGGCCGGGGAGGGGUCUCCGGGCCCCGACGACUGGGGUUCCUCCUGGCCGGGCUGCUCCGCUUCCCUCUGCCCGCCGCCCCUCAGCGCCGCCCGGCCAAAAGGUGGGCAGCUCCCGGCCCAGCGCGGCGACCCUCGAGGAAGGCAGCCUCUGCGGUGCCCUUUGAGUCCAAAAGAGGGGCUUGCGUGACAGGUGCUGGUGGAUGCCCCCCCCCUCCAUGGCAGAUGAUGUCGGCCACUAACAACAUCGCCCAGGCCAGGAAGCUGGUGGAGCAGCUGCGGAUCGAGGCCGGAAUGGAGAGGAUCAAGGUCUCCAAAGCCUCCCUGGAGCUGAUGAAUUACUGUGAGCAGCAGGCCAGGAACGACCCCCUGCUUGUUGGCGUUCCCACUUCGGAGAACCCCUUCAAGGACAAGAAGCCGUGCACCCUCCUAUAGCCAGGCGCACCGCCCACCCACCGCCGGGCCGGAUGCACCCUCCCCCCCCGCCCUGGUCUCCAGCCAGGCCAAGGGGGGUGGGGGAGAAGCAGGCCUCGCCCUGCCCGCUUGUCCUGUUGGCAGAUGACUGAAUUCUGAGCCCCGGAGUCAGGAGAGCGCAAGGUCGGGGUUGAGGGGCUGUCCUGGGAGGGGACCCCAUAGGAAUCUGGUCUGUCCAGCAUUGAGGAUGCCCCUCAGGUGGAGACCUGGACUGAGUCCGGCAGGCAAUGACCACUGCCAGAGGCCCUUCCUGCAGCUGCCCAUCCCAGACUGUGGAGGAGGGGGCUUCCCAAGCAGAAAUGCCUUCUCUUUUUCACAUCGUCUUCUCCUUCGGGAUGCUCUCCAUCAUACACACCACCUCUCUGAUUGUCACAUUAGAGAUUCCUACCACCCUCUCUCCACAGUGCUCCCCUGCCCCUUGGGCUCCCCAGAGACAUUUGCAGGCAGUGCUUCCUCCAGGCCAGGCGGGGUGACAGCCGGUGGCCUCUGUCCUAAGCAGCCAAGAGGCCACUUUGCUCAAGAAAGAGGAGGUCCCCCAAGGGGCAGGGACUCUCCCGUUGAGCACCCCAGAUCCUAUUCGUGCCAAAGCUGGAGAGGGCUGUGCCCUGGCUGGUUGCACCAAUCCCGGCUCUCCCUGAGAGAGGAACCAGUGGCCAAAAAGCAGAACGGAGGAUGAAGUUCCCUUGGGAGUCCUGGGGAUGCCAGCAGGUUGGAUGUGCUGUGAGGGGAGGGGGGGUUGUGUCCACUUCUUUAAGGGAGAAUCUGCUGUCCAGAAUGAGCUCGUCCCUCCAAGGACUGAGAACUGUUCUCCAGGCUAGGAAGAAAGGCUGGGCUUGCUUUUGAGGCCUUGCUUUUGAGGCUGGGGAGCUGGGGGUGGGGUAGAAUGGGAUUAGCAAGCCCCCCCCCAGCUCCUCCCACUGCAAAGCCAGAGAAGCUGCAGCACUGCCAGCAGCUUGGUGCUCCUUUCCCCUUGCUCAGAAGCAGUGAGUGGGGCAUCUCCAGGGACCCCCGACCAGCAGGGUUAGGGCCCCCUUGCUCUCCUGAAGGCUCAGCCGUUGGACCUCUUAUGCCACACCCGAUGCCACCCCCCACAGAGUGAGUGCCAAAGCAGCCCUUCCCCCACCGCAAAAAUGAGGUGGAACAUCUGAACAUCUGCUCUCUGACGGUCUCUUCUUGGUAAAGCUAAGAACACCUAAAGUCUUUGUAAAAUAUAUAUAAAAAUUUGCUACACAGGAUUUUUAAAAGUACAGCACACACAAAAAGCCACACAAAAUCUAAAAAACAGCAACAACAAAAAUUUUGAAAUUUUGUGAGGCCCUAAACUUGUUUGUUUUAUGUCUAAAUCCGGCACUGGGCGUUUCCCCUCCCCCCCCAAUCCGCCCCCCCUCCUUUGCAUUUGCUUCCCCAGCCACUUGGCUGGGUCUUCCCUGCUUUCAGCUCUGCCUCUUCUGUGGAUAUGCAGGCCCCCCCCCUCCACCCUUAAGCCCUUGAAGCUUCUCACCUCUGCUCUCUGGGAACCUAGACCUUUUACACACACAGAGAGGCGGGAGGGGGGCAUUUCUCUCCUUGUCUCAAACUCUUUCAAUUGUUUUUUAAUUCACCAAAAUGACAAAUGGAUUCAGUUUUUCAAAAAAGCGUGCUGAACAUUGUUCUUUUUUUGCCAAACUCUCCCUGUUGCCAAAAAGAGGGAGGGUUAUAACGGGGUGGGGGGUAGGAGAAGAGGUUGUAUCUGGUCAUCUUUUCUUGCUGAUUCCUGCCACUCCCUUUUGUAAUCAGUUCCUCUCCCUUGUGCCCUGGACUGACUUUCUUGCUAGUACUGAACAUGUUAUGAGGUUCCUGUUUUAAAAAGGUUAAUUGAUAACUCAAAGAAU